AUGGCAAAGCGGAGAAACAUCACGAAGUAUUUUAUCGCUUUUGGAUCGUUUCUCGGUGCUGUUCGGAACGGCGAUGUCAUUCCGUAUGACUCCGAUAUUGACGUGUGCAUAUUCAAAGAUGAAUAUCAUAAACUUUUCCCAGAAGAAUCGAGUCGACCUCUCGACUUAAACGAUGGGACAGUUCACUUGCUUUUACAAAGGCAUUCCCCCCACCCAAAAGACGACACACCUCGAAAAGACUGCAAAGGAAAUGUGGUAAGAAGAGUAACUGAUGACUGCGCGAUCCUCGAUCCACACGGGAGAUUAUUUCAAGGUCCUUUUGUGUACAUGGAUAUCUUCGUCGUUAAGGAUUUCCGCUCGGUCGUGUACGAUGAAUAUAAACAACUUCGCACGGAAAAUCGAGAUAUUUACCCGACUAAUCUAACAUCGACAAACGAAAUUGAGCAAGCGAUAAAGAAAAGCAAUGAAGAUCCAUUGUCUGCCUCGUUAAAAGCGGUUAGUCAUUCGCAAAACGAUACCACGUUGUUGAAUACAUGCGAAUCAGCAGAAUAUUCUCAUUGCUCAUCGUUUAAAUCAUCCUCAACUGAAGAAAAAAGUGAAGAUCCUGGUAUAAUUUUGACUUUUAAAAGCCCGUAUCUCAAUAAAACUCUGCCAACCGAAUUAUUAAAAUCGUUUGAGAAUAUCGAGUGCAUUAGAAAAACACACGGCGUGUUGUCUAGUUCAAGCGGAAAUGGAAAACCUUUGAACGACGCUUUCCUUGGGACGUUUUUCGAGGAAGUGAACAGUUCAGAAGUCGAUGAACUGCUAGAACGUUUCAAUAGGUUGAUACAAAAGCGUGAUACAGAUGAUUUAUUAGAUUUCCAAGCAGACGACGACGUUAAACGGCUGGAAUCUAGCAUUAAAGGGACCGAACUUUUAGUUGAGAGCCUGGCCGCUCAGGUCGAGGAGACGAAAAGCGAAAUUGAAAUGUCGAGUCAAAAACAAGAGAACGAGAUAAACGAGUUGGUUUCGUUUAACGAAGAGAUUCACUCCAUUUUGUCGGCAAAGGAGUCUGAAAUUAGGGAAAUUCUCGAGCGUUUCUCUACCUACAGAGAUGCGGUCGAGGCUGAUACAAAGGAAAAAGAUGAAAUCUACUCGGAGGAGACGAGCAAACGUGAAGCUCUGAUUAACGAACUACAGUUAACCAGAGAUGCACUUCUCGAACAGCUGACACAACAGACUCAGAUGUUAAGGGAGAUCAUUUUUGACGCUCAAACGUUCGAAGCUACACACGUUGAACAGCUUGGCGAUGUUCAUCAGCUUGUCGCUGGACUUUUGGAAAAGUUUUCCGAUCAGGAAGCCAGCCUAGUUUGUCAACGAAUUAGCGUGAAACUAGAGACAUCGAUUGCUACAAUCAAAGAGAAGGAUUAUACAAGACAUUCGACGAGGACUUUACGCGCUGCUACGGAUGAAUUGAGCGAUAACGAGGCCUUAAACGGAUACAUAGACAAAAAACUUGUCGCGAAACUCUUGGAAGAGCUAUACACGAAAUUCCAGUUCAUUUGUAAAGAGAAGGACGCGGAGAUCCAACAUUGGAUAAAAAAACAUAAACAAGAUACAAACGAUUUACACACUUUGGAAGAACUGGAAAGGGAGGAUGAAAAGAACAGAGAAUGUGUAAUGCAGCUUCAAAAUGAAAUAGAGAAACUACAGCAGAGAAACAAAUUUCUUGAAUCUGAAGUUGAAUUCGAGAAGGAACAAGGCGAAGACGACGUUUGCUAUUUGAAAGAGAGUUUUCAAAAGGAUCUGAGCGCUCAGCUGAGGCGCCAAAGCCAGACAUUUUUAUGUGUGGAGGAAAGCGCCAGGAACGAGCUUGCUGAGAUGGAAUCGAAAAAUGAGGAGCUCGAAAAGGUCAAUGAAGAUCUUCGAAGGAAAAUCGAUCAACAGUGCUCUGAAAUGAAAUCCUGGGCUUCAGAUAUGUUGAUUCUUUCCGAAGAGGAAUAUCAUGAGGAAUUCAAUUCGAUCACCGAAGUCCUUUCGAAACUACACAAGAUUAUUAAAAAGAAUAAGAGCACUGUGGCGGAACUUCAAGAGGAAUUGGACGAGUAUAAAAGGAAAGCAUACGAGCUCAGUUCCAGCCCAGAAGUGCUGGCUGGUAGUUUGGGAGGAAGCUCAUGGAACAGUAUGGAACUACAGAAAGAUCUCUGUCGGAACUGCAAGCAAGUGAAGUGGCAGAGAGUUCUGAAAGGUAGUUUUGAUCUGGUCGACUCUUCCUUGGAGGGAAAACAAGACGAAGUGGAAAGAUUUGUGAAUAAGCUGAGCAUUGAUGAGAUGAAACAUCGCAAGAAGCAUUCGUUGAAGGAUAGCCUAGAACUUGCUGAUGAUCAGUUUGAGAAUCUUCAGCGCCUCAGUAGACACGAAUUUGGUUCUCUAGGGACGUUAGGUGAGGAUAGUUUGGAGGAUUGUUCUGAAAUCGAUUUUUCCGCAGGAGAUUCCACUGGCAAAGAUGUGGUCGAUGGCUUGGGUGCUUCAAAACCUGAAAAUGAUGAAUUACCUCAUGAUCCGUCUCUUGAACAAGGAGAUGAGGCAUCAAAUGAUCAGAGAAAGGAAGAGAGCAACUCUACGAGCAAGGCAGACGCGAAUACUACAAGUGGUGUAGCUGCAAAUACAGUCGAGAAUUUGGACGAAAGUUGGAAAAGUAUUCACGUGAGUCCAAGGCUAUCAAGUCAAUAUUCCAUACGAUCCGACCCAGAGUUUAAUGGUUUACAUAGAGAUUUGAAUCUCAAAGGUAAUGAACACGAAGGGACUGGUGCGACGGAUGUUCGUAGGGUUGGGUUGGAAUCCGUCGAAGAGAUUUCAGAAGGAGAGGAGAUUGAUGGGAGUGAUCAUGGUGAAUGGUUGAUAAACGAGGACAACAGUGAAAAGACACGGGAAGAAGAUGAGGAUAGAGUUAAUGUAGUGAAUCUAUACCGGUCCCUUGUUCUUGAAAGUGAUAUGCCACAGCAUGGUAAUGAGGCUGGAGGAAUCUCUGGUGAGCAUCGGGAUAAAGUUGGUGAAUAUGGUGAUAAAAGUGGUAAACAUGGUGAAAAAUCUGGGGAUGACAAGGAUGGGUAUAAUCAUGAUAAUGAAUUAAACCAUCCAUCGAUGUUUUCUCGUGAUCAACAUUUUCAGAUACCCAAAAUUGUUGUCGGAAAAGAUUUCAACGGGAAUUUUCUUGUGAUACACGAAGAAGACGAGGAAGAAGAAGGUGAGUAUGGAGAAGAGAAUGAUUUACAUGAAGUAUCCGAAGAUACAGAUCAUCCUGCAUCAGAAACAGCACUUGGUGAGUGUAAUGGUGAAGUGGGUGAUCAAGGUGAAGAAUAUGGUGAUGAAAUUGGUGAAUGCAUUGAUGAAUCUGGUGAUUACAAUGAUCGCUCAUCUGUGAAACAUAAUACAACGCUUUUGGAAGACGAAGAUAUUUUUCACCCUGUAUCAACAGACAAUGUGAAUAUACAGAGCUUAGCUCGGAGUAAAAACGAUCCCUCAGAAUCAUUCUCAACAAACGCAGAUGAUAGCAAUUCCAUAUUUGAAUUCGCUGGAGACUUUGCGGAAGGAAUACCUCCUCCUCCCAAAACAUGCUUUCACUGCAGCGAAAAUGUCGAAAACCUAAAAGCAAAACUGAUAGAGAUUGUCACAAGCCAACGUAGGGACCAGGAUGAUAAGAUUUUCCAGGAAUUGGAAGACACUAGAGAAGAAUUACGAGAAUGUCGAAGCGAGAACGAGAAAUUGGAUAAAAAUUGCGAAGAUUAUAGGAACUUCGUUGACGAAUAUUCCAGGAAUUUGGAACGCAAGAACCAAGAGUUGAGAGAAUUAAAGCUUAGCAGUCUUAUUAUGAAGACUGAGAUCGAGUGGCUUAGGCAAGCGCUUGGAAUUACUAGAAAUUACACAGCAUCCCAGAACUAGCAUUAUCUUGUCAUUGCAGUAUAAGAUGUUGUGCUUGAAAUAGAGUCAUGAACUGGAUUGAAAAACUAGAAUCUGCACCGCUGUUUUGCACUGGCUAAAUUACCUGGGGAUCUUUCUCGCACUACCUGGCAUAAUAAAAGUCAUUCUUAACCUUGUAAAGUGUUCUUUCAUCGUUUAAAAUUGAUUAUGUUUCACCCAAAAAACGAAAUGUUAUGACAUAUUUGUAGUGUUAUGUAAACGGCCUUUUUGUUUAUUGAAUCAUGCAGACAGACAGAACAAUAGGACAACUUUAAAACGAAGAGUUCAAACCCGAAUAUCUUUAUAUAACAAACUAUAUUUCAGUUAGUACGCUCAAUG